UGCUGGGAUGCAACAUGUCUGCCGCUGCUGUUGUGAAGUGAGCUCAACACGUCUGUCCCCGCAUAUAUUUCUCUCAUCUGUCCUUUUCCCCGCACACGUCCCGCACUGGUGCCGCACAGGACCGAGUCGUGUCCCGCCUGUCUCCGCCCGUGUGCGUGUGCGUGUGCGCCGCUGUGGACAUGUCGUCCUCUGAAAGGAGAGUGUCCAGCAGCUCCAGGCCCGAGAACAGCCACACUUCCAGAAAUCGGAAUGGAGAGAAGGGGAAGCGUAGACGCAGCAGGAGUCGGUCGUCCUCUUCCUCGUGUAGCUCCUCCUCCUCUUCUUCCUCUUCGUCACAGUCUUCUCGGUCCUCCUCCCCUGCACCCUCAUCCAGCCGCAGCAGCUCCAGCAGUCCCAACUCACGGAACCACUCCAGAAAAGAGGCGAAGAAGCGAAAGAAGGAGAAGGAGAAACAUAAAAAGAAAACUAAAAAAGACAAGAAGCACAAACGCAAAAAGGAGAAGAGAUCCAAGUAUGACGAGGGUGGGCCUGUGCAGAUCUCAAAGUAUCUGAAAGACCGAACAAAAGGCAGCAAGUACAGCAUGAUCUCAGGGAAGAAGAUCAAGAUGAAGGUGAAAAAGUCCAAGAAGGACAAGCAGAGGGACAAGAACCGCGCCGAGCUCCUGGAGUUUUUGAACUCAACCCUGUGACCCCUCUGUGACCUCUGGAUGACCCCUGAGUGACCUGACAGCAGAACCACCAGCAUUACUGUACAUGGAGGCCUUCCCCAUGUCACUGUGUCUUUUGGAGAAAUGGAGAAGUGUUCAGAGGAGUGUCCAUAAGGAGCCUACAGACUUUUGAACUCCUGUGUCACUACUGCAGAGGAGACGAGGCCUGUCACAGUCGUCAUCCAGAACAAUCUCUAUUUUAUUUGGAAAUGUCCUCGACAGAUUCUUUGAUAAUCAUAGUUUGUUGUUGGAUUUUAGUUUGAUUUAUUUCAUUGGCUCCAAACUUUUCACAACUAGUACCACAUAAUUUACCCUUCCAAGUCCCAUCAGUUCUAAACCAGGUCUACAAUGGGGUCAGAUCUAAACUAGGACUAAACCAGGUGUAAAACAGGACUACACCAUUCUCACAGUAGUUUUAACACUAGAACUGAAGUGGUGUUCCCAGAAGAACCUUGUACCACAGUUUGAAAAGCACUGGUUUGUUGUGCAUUAGUUACCUUCUUAAAAUGGAGAACUUGUCAUUUUAAUGUUUAAUUUCACAGCUGUGGUUUAAUUAAAAGUUAUAAAAGAAAACUGGGCUUGUCAACCUUGCAAA